AUGCAAGAAAUUCCUAUCAAAGAUGUCACAUACGAAGAUUUCGCCACGUUUUUGAGUCUGGUUCAGGAUAAGCCGAUCAAAUUGAAUGACGACCGAAAAAAUCUCGAAAACCUUCUACAACUCUCCGAUCGAUUCUUGAUGCCAGCUGUUAAGAGGCACGUGGAACCUUUCAUCGCUUUAACGAACAUCAGUAAAGAGGAGAAAAUGAGAUUGGCCGACAAAUACGAUCUCGAACUAACAAUGUCUACUAUGAGUAUCUACGAAUCAACAUUUGCUCAAUCGGACAAAACUGAUGCAAUUCUAAUCGUUGGUUACGUUGAUUGCACUCCAAAGCAAAAACAACCCCGCCUCAACGAUAGCUCGUCAGCGGCUCCCGUCAAAAAGAUGUAUGUCAAUAAAGCGCUUCUCUCCUGUCAUUCCGACUACUUCGACGCUCUUUUUAACUCGAAUUUCAUUCAAAAAUCGAUGCAGGAAAUCGAUAUUGAAGACGUCAAAUUUGAAGAUUUCGCUACAUUGUUGAAACAUAACGUCGAGAAACUUCUGGAACUCGCCGAUCGAUUCAUGUUACCCGCCGCGAAACGUCACUUGGAACUGUUCAUGCUUUCUACUGAAAUCGCGGCGAUCAGGAAAUUAAAAAUGGCUGCGAGACACGAUUUGGACACUCUUCUGAUCCAUUCACUGAAAUUGUUCAAAACGAAAGAGGAAUUCAAUCCAAUGAACCAGUUCUCCGAAUUCUCUGAUAAAAUUAAAGCGAGAAUUUUGGACCGUCAGAUUGAGUUGAGUAAUGUCACCGUGAUGUUUGCACCACAUCGAAGAUAUGUACAAUUAAAAAAUUGA